UUUUUUCUGUUUUAGCAUUAAGAUAACAUUAGUUUGUGUUCGUUUCAAUAUAUGUAGAAAAACUUAGUGAUAAGACUCAAUCAAGUAACGGCAACACACACUUCCUCCCCACUGGAAAUCCAACUGCAUGCCUAAUUAUACCUGCAUACAUAUGUACACAAAUGAAGCCAAACAAAUUGGAUUUGGUGUGUAUAAACAGCUGUACAUUUCUGAUGAAUCUCUUCAUUUCAUUCUGAAAAUAGGGUAUAAUCCGGUCCAACGAAAGGCAAAGUGCUCUCGAUGGUGUGGAAACAUCAGUGUUCCAUUUCCAUUUGGCCUAGAAGAAGGCUGUUCUGCAAGGAAGCUAUUUCAGCUCAACUGUACCAACAUGUUGACGUCCAGCCUCCAACUAAACGAUGAUCAUCAUGUCACGAACAUAAGUGUUGACGAUGGACUCGUGGACAUCGAAGACACGUCAAGUUACCAGCGUGAUAUGUAUGCGAUGCAUGUAUCCGAGGAACCUGAACUCUAUAUUGGUUUUGGGGAAUCGGCAUCUGUGCAAUGGGCCGUUGCUGGUCUGACAUGCCGAGAGGCACAACAGAACACGUCUAGAUACGCAUGUGUCAGCAUCCAUAGCACUUGCUUAGCCGUCUACUCAAAGGAUGGUUACAUCGGUUAUCGGUGCAAAUGCAUGCCUGGCUUCAAAGGAAAUCCGUAUAUCCGAAAUGGCUAUAUUGACGACUGCAAGAAACAAGACAUUUGCAAAGGAGUAUGCAAUAAUACUAUAGGAACAUACUAUUGUACCGAUUGUCCUGGGAAUACACAGUAUGAUACUACAACAGUGCAGUGCACCUUUACCAAGAAGCAAAAUCUUCUACUGGGUGUUGGCAUUGGGCUUAGCAGUGGCUUCGGUGUUCUACUUCUCAGCUCAAUUACUAUAGUUCUUGUUCGUAGAUGGAAAAGGGACAUCCAAAAGCAACUGCGAAGGAAUCAUUUUCGAAAGAACCAAGGCCUUCUGCUGGAACAACUAAUAUCAUCGGAUGAAAAUGCAAGUGACAAGACCAAGAUUUUCACUUUGGAAGAACUAGAGAAGGCAACAAAUAACUUUGAUGCUACACGUAUACUGGGUCGUGGAGGGCAUGGUAUGGUGUACAAAGGCAUCUUGUCCAACCAACAUGUGGUGGCGAUAAAAAGGUCUAAGAACAUCGAUGAAGGUGAGAUCAGUCAAUUUAUUAAUGAGGUAGCAAUUCUCUCACAAAUAAACCACCGAAAUAUAGUAAAACUUUUUGGAUGUUGUCUUGAAACUGAGGUCCCACUAUUAGUUUAUGACUUUGUUCCCAAUGGCUCGUUAUAUGAAAUUCUACAUUCCAAUUCAAGUAGUGGCUGUUUCUUGUUGUCAUGGGAGGACUGCCUAAGAAUUGCCACGGAAGCUGCAGCAGCUCUAUAUUAUCUCCACUCGGCAGCUUUGGUGUCAGUCUUUCACCGUGAUGUCAAAUCUUCUAAUAUACUACUAGAUGCAAACUACACUGCUAAAGUUUCAGAUUUCGGUGCUUCAAGAUUGGUUCCUAUUGAUCAAACCCAUGUUGUUACAAAUGUACAAGGUACAUUUGGGUACUUGGAUCCAGAAUAUUACCAUACUGGGCAACUAAACGAGAAGAGUGAUGUAUAUAGUUUUGGUGUGGUACUUGUGGAGCUACUUCUGAGAAGGGAGCCUAUAUUUACAACUGAGUCAGGCUCAAAGGAAAAUUUGGCCAAUUACUUUCUUUCGGAGAUAAAAGUUAGGCCAAUCAAAGAGAUAGUGGCUGCUCAAAUUUGUGAGGAAGCGACCGAAGAAGAGAUUAAAAGUGUUGCCUCACUUACGGAGAUGUGCUUGAGGCUCCGAGGUGAAGAGAGACCUACCAUGAAAGAAGUCGAGAUGACUUUGCAGUUGUUGCGAACUAAAAGGUCAAACUCAUGCCAUGCAAGUCCAGAAAAUGAUGAAGAUAUGCAACCACUCCAACGUACAAGAGCUGAUGCUAGAUGCAAGUCGCAGGCCAUUAACUUGGGCAACGAUGCUUAUUCUGAGUCUCAAAACAACCAAAAAUGCAACAGCUACAAACUGGAGUUAGGGUCAAUUGGGUUACCACAGUAAGGGCCAAUUUGUAAUUUAAAUCUCACAUGAAUUCUGGAGGAAAAGUUGCUUUCACUUAGACUGUAGUAUAUUUCUAUUUCCUACGAAAUUCCUAUGAACAUAUUUUAUUCCAAAAAGGACUGAAAUAUGUGUACCAGCUUCUCGGCCUUCCAUCGUAAUACCCCUAAUCAGGGUGAUUUUACAUUUAAUUUAUCUUUCUUACCAAGUACAAUGUACACUAGAUCACUUGUUUCCAAU